UACACAGAUUGUUAUGCUUUUUAUCAGUAUUCUUAUAUUCGUGUCUAAAUGUCUAAUUCCACUGGACGUUAGUGGCUUAUGAGCUAUGAUGAAAAGGUCAAUAGUACAUCUAAGAUAACGUUUCUGUGGCAUAUACAUUUAGGAGGCAAUACAUGUAAAUUUGAUAGAUUCGUUGGUGACCUGGAAGUUCAAUAAACCUGCUUCCGGGUAAAAGUCUCACUGAAGCGGCUGGUUUAAAAAUCCUAAUGUCGCUAGUCAGGUAGCUCACCUUGCCUCCGUUAUUAAUCUACAAUGAACCAGUCAUCAGACACUGACAUUGAUGCCAAAGUGGAAGAAUUGAAGAAGAAGUAUCUGGAAAAGGGACAGCUGACUACCACAAGCACCGAAAACAAAUCAACACAAGAUACCAAAAAGGUUACGAGCAAGGCGUGGAAGUCUCCAACCAGUCGUUGCUACUACCGCGAGAUCAAAUCCCACAAUAAAAACUUGCAAGAGCUCUGCAAAGCUGUCAGAAGUUUCCCACUGCGGCUCGACAGUAAUCACGUCUGGGAUGAAAGUGAUAGUGACUUGAACAUUGAAUACACUGACUCGGUGUUAAAUGUCCAGUGUACAGAGACGGAUGUGACCCUAUCUUCCAACUUGGGGCACUUGUCAAGUCCUUCUGAGACACAGCAUGUGGGGGAGAGACUUAAAAAUCCGCACUCCCCACACAGUCCCUCCUCUGCAUCGGGCCUGGGACAUGUCUAUCAGGAACUAUUAGAGAUCUAUGAAAAGUUGCAAGUGGAGCGCCUCAAUCAGCAGCAAUGGGCUGCCAAGCUUCUGAAACAAGAGCAGAAACUGGAGCAGAGGGAGAACCUGCUGCUGCAACAUCAACCAACCCUGCACAAGGUGUGUGGGGUGAAGGGGGAGGUGCAUGACCGCGUCCGUGCACUACAGCAGCAACAUCAAAUUGAACUUGACCACUUAAACUCUGCUCUCAAGGAGAAGACCAAAGAUAAUAAGAGGAUCAGAUCAAGCUUUGACACAAUCAAAGGGUUAAAUGAAUCCAUGAAAAAGCAGCUAAUAGAUCUUGGUGAACAGAGAAAGAAGUUAGAGGACCAGGUCAAGAAAGCACACGCGCGUCUAGAGAACCUUCAGAGAAAGUAUGACUACGCAGUGGCACAUAAAGGACGGGACAAUAUUGCUCCUAAAUUUGAAGUGAAACCCUCCAAGCCUGAUAAGGCUGUACCUACUGUGAGAACUGCAAAGAUCCCAGGGGGCAGCACCUCUGGGAAGCUCUUGGCCCUCCUUCUGGACUGGGUUUUGGACAGCCAGCUGCUCCAGGCCGGUGGGGGAGACAAGAGCACUCCUUUUCCGUUGGAUAUGCCUCCCUCGGCCACUUCCCUCCAUGAGAGGUGUGCAAAGGCUUUGCCAGUCCUGACCGAACAACUUCAACAGGCUACUGAGGUCAACUCACCCUUCCAUCUACCGCUACUUCAAGUCAGCUACUGGUGCUUGAAGCAGCUGGAUCUGAGCUCCCAGCAGACCCCCUUAACAUCCACCUUGCGGAGAUUAGGAGAGGAAAUGACUAAAGGCUCUCUAGACCCUGGUGUUCCCAGCAAGAGCAGGCCCUGUCCUCUCUUCAGAAGCCCAUGCCUUCACACAAGGUUCCUGUCAAUGCUGAUCAUCCUCAAAACCAUCACUCAGGUGAACACUCUGGCGCAGGCUCUGGAGGCUCUGCUGGUGGAGCUGAAGGCGGAGGAGGGCCAGGCUCUGUUCCUGCAGUACCAGGCCCUACCUGUGGUCUCGGCACUCCUCAGGGGGGGCAACGCCGGCCUGCUGGCCCCUGCAGUGGACGUCCUCAUGCUGAUGUGUGCAGAGUCCUGGAUGCAGACUCACUUCCUGGAGGCCUGCAGCACGGAGGACUUCUUCCGCACGGCAUCGCUGCUGCUGCACAACCCUCGGCUGCAGCUGCCCGUCCUGGAGAAGGUGGCCAUGCUGCUCCAGAGGCUCUCUGCCAUCAGGUCAGGAAGAACAAGAGGCUGUUUGAGGCGUUCACACUGCACCUCGUGCUGCAGGAGAAGCACAGGACCGUUGACCCGGCCCACACCUUCCUCAGCAUCAAUCUCAACUCCAUCCUCUUCAACCUGGGCAUGCUGACACGGCCGUAGAGACACUGUCUUUUCCCCCAGCUCGGUGCACUCGAAUCCUGGAGGUCUACUUUCCUAUGAAGGAAUUGUGAUUUUAAAUAUGACAUUAAGUUAUGUACGUUAAUAAAACCUUUUGUAACAAUUUUGUAACUGGAUGUAUUUUAAGCACUCAGUUUUCCGCAGCAUAGUUGCCGCUCCUGCUAUUUGCUGUAGGUCCUGUGGCCUUGGAGAAUCACAAUCAUGUGUGUGUGUUUUGUAUUUGUUUUUCAUAGGCCCUGUGUUAAUUAAAGGCUUCAAGA